UGUGUGUGGUCGAUCAGUUGCAGAGGGACUCAGCAACGAGAGAAGGAAAGGGAGGGGGAUCAAUAAGCGCGCCUGUGGGAGCCACUUUCGCAGUUUCACUGUCUCUGGUGGGCUGUCUGCACGAGGCGAGCCCCCGUUCUUAGAACAUUUUUCGGUCCUCGAGCGCGUGAGGGUGCCGGUACGAAUCCCAUUAGAGCAUCUUGCUCACUGCAAAGUAAAAACCGGAAAUUUGGGUGGAAACCAUGACAACAGCAGAGACUGAGAGCAGAGUCGCAGUCAACAAACUGGCAGUAGACCGGUGAACUCUGAUGUGAGCGAAGGAGCUUUUUUAUUUUUACAAUACCAUUUUUAUUUCAAAGCUCUGUCUUUUUCUCUGUCAAGUAUGCAAUCAUCUAAGAAGAGCGCGGAGCAGAAUAUCCUGAGAGUUCUAUGCGGAGUGAUGGUCAUGGCCUCGAGCAGUCACGGCGCAAGAGUUGUCAGUGGUCAGACGGUGUGUCAGGGAGGGGAGGAGCGCCCAUGCUAUAAGAUUGCCUACUUCCGGGAAAUGACCAGCCGGAUUGCAUUCAGCGAGGCCAGACAGGCAUGUGAGAUGGACGGAGGGUCAUUGCUGAGUGUAGAGAGCGCUGCGGAGCAGAGACACAUAGAACACCUGCUACAGGAGCUUCGGACCUCCUCAACAGGAGCAGGGACAGAAACGGGGGUAGGAGCAGGUACCGGUAAUGGAGGAAUAGCAGACGGGGAUUUCUGGAUCGGGCUGAUGAGGACAGAAGGAGAACACACACAGGAAAACGGCGGCUUCGCCUCCUGUCCUGACCUCUACCUCUGGACCGAUGGGAGUGUGUCCCAAUUCAGGAACUGGUAUUUUGACGAGCCGUCGUGCGGAGGGGAGGCAUGUGUAGUGAUGUACCACCAGCCUACAGCGCUCCAUGGGCUGGGCGGGGCCUACAUGUACCAGUGGAACGAUGACAGGUGCAACAUGAAGCACAACUUCAUCUGCAAGUACGAACCAGGUACGCAGCAUCACACAGAGAGCCGUCUGGGGAAGGAGCAGGGGGACAGGCCUGGAGCUCGUGACCCAGAUGUGGCGGUGGUGCAGGCAGAUGAGGUCAAACAAUCCGGACCAAGUGAGGACGACGCCCCACACGUAGUCAUAGCUGGAACCUCAGGUAUGCUGCUGGUUUAUGUAAUCAUCCCCACCAUCCCUCUGCUGCUGCUCAUCCUGGUGGCUUCUGGGACUUGCUGUUUCCAGAUGUUUAGUAAGAGCAAACCACGGACCAAAACCAGUGUUAACCACCAAUCAACGCUAUGGAUCUCCAAGACACCCAAGACAGACAGCAUGGAAGUAUGAAUGGCAGGUUACAUCACAAACAAGAUAAACAGAUCAGGCAGAACUAACUGAAUGAUACCUCUCUUUCCCUGAUACUAUCCUUGUUCCAAAUACAUCUAACUAUCCACCUCAACCAAUGACCUGCUCUCCUCUUCUGCAUUUCCUUUGUUCAAUUUGUUCAUGUCUCCACCGCUCUGUUUAGUUUUUCCUUAUUUCCUUUCUCCUCUCCUCCCCUCCACCCCUCCUGUCCUGUCCUCCUGUUAAUGUGUUCCAGCAAACAAAAAUGAAACGACUUAAUGGAUAAUUUGGCAAUCCUCGUACCUCUCUGAUAUCAAGGUAAACCUAUCGUGUUGCCUUUUCCCAUUGCUGCUGUUGCCAGGGAGUUUUUGCUGGAAUCCUGGUGUCUGUACGCAUGUGUGAGUGUGAGCAUGCUACCGUUUGUGUACACUAAUGUGUGUGUGUGUUACAAUAAUUGGUUCCAAACAGAAGAAGUAAUUAACUAUCAGUAAUUAAGGGUGGUGCGAGGGGGACCCUGAUAAAACAAGGAAUUGAACCAUCCCCUGUGACCAGGAAUAGGGUCAGAUCCACUUAACACAUCACACAGAUUUACUCCUGAACAGCAGCACACAGCGAGGGGUAAGAGGGGAGGGAGAGCGGGGAGAGGAGGGAGUGGGGGAAAAGAGGAACAUUUAAGGGAAAGUGAAUAAAAGAUAAAAAGAGUGGGAAAAGAGGCAGGGAGGGAGAAAAUAGGGAAAUAGGACUUUAAAAUGGAAAUUGAAGUGUGUUGUUUGAUCUGCUUCCCGUUGUUCAGGGUUUAGUACUAGCUUAACUCUCUGUUCCCUCACCGGGGAGCUAUGUCUCAGACAGAUCAGUCAGCUAAAUGACUUUCCUAAAUGUCCUGAAAAAAAAACGAUUACCUAGUUAUUAUAGAAAGAGGAACUUGAAAACAUACUGAACUGAUUAUCUGUGUCUGUUGUCAUGCAGAGGGACAUUAUCAACGUUGACCAUGACUUUCUGUUGUGAAGGUAUAACGCUAUUUCUUAUUCUUGUUGUUAUCCAAAACGACACACUAUGUUUUGGGAGAGGUCGCUACCAAGAUGAGGACCAAAGCUAGUGAACACUACAGAAGAGGCUUUCCAUGAUCCAAUCUAAUUGAAUGCAUAAUGCCAGUAAAUAUCUCAUGGAUGAAACCGUCAGUAUUUAUCCAAUAUUUAUCACCGCCUGAUAUGAAUACUGUAAGUGCAGUUUUGUGCAUGUUACAUGGUCUACAAUGUUAUAUUUUAUAUUCCUUAUAAGCAUCGUCUAAUGUGAGAGAUUAUCCACCUGGCUAAUAUUGAUACAUGCCAUACAUCUCAACUUAUCCUCAGAUGUCCUAUGUUAUUGCUUUUAUAUGAUGGAAUAUAUGAGCGUACUACAUGUGUUUUCUUUCAAAAGGUAAACACACGUGUAGCACGCUCAACCAUUGAACAAGGUUUUAAGAAGGGAUUUGUGUAUAUUUCAGUGUGUAUGUGUUGGAUGGAGUGUUGUACAUACAUUAGGUUCUAGAGUUUCUAGAAACACAUACAGUAGAUCAGUGGUACAUAUAUGAGACUAGGUUCUGGUGAUGGUAUGGUGCGUUUUGGAGCCUGUGUGUGAAUGUGUUGUUAACAAGUGGCGUGUUUUGUACCCAGCGUUGUGAUGCAGUCACUGUCCUGCUAGCAUGUCUACCCACAGCCAGAGAUGAAAACAGAGUUUAUAUAGAGCCUUGUAGAAACUUAAAGAAACCUUUUUCACCCAUAACUUGUUUUGUGACGAGAUAACUCAAUAAAAGGCUUUAUGUGAUUCAUUGA